GUCCAAUGUAAACAACUAGUCUCAUCUACAUGCUACAAUUCAGGAUUGUGAUUACGUGUCAUUGUGACGUGGAAUUCAGUGGAGUAGUACAAUCGUAAAUCCAGGAACAGAAAGAUCCAAGAGUAUGUGAGAGUGACCGCUUUCUCCACGCAGCUUUCCAAGAGUGCUGAGGUUAAGUCUGCAACUAGGAUUGGCAUAUAAAAAGGAGAGGAUCGAAGUUAAUAGCUCAGGGACAAAUCCAAUCAUAUUUCAUUUAGUUCUGUUGCGUUAGUCACCAUGAAUAGGAUUCUGGCUUGCAGAGAACUCAGAGCCAGAGCGCCCCAGACAGCCUUGAGCUGGUUCAGUUCAUUAAACAUCUCAAGAUCUGUUCAUGGGUUACCAUUUGCAACCGUUGAGGCGGAAGAGAUAUCUGGUUCACAGCCUGCUGAAGUACUAAACUUGGUGCAGGGGAAAUGGAAGAAAACUGCUAGAUGGAACACAAUUUUGGAUCCUUUAAAUGGGGAACCAUUCAUUAAAGUUUGUGAAGUAGAUGAAACAGGAAUUCAGCCGUUUGUUGAGAGCUUGUCCAAGUGCCCGAAACAUGGCCUUCACAAUCCGUUCAAAGCACCAGAGAGGUAUCUUAUGUUUGGGGACAUAUCUGCAAAGGCAGCUCACAUGCUUUCGUUGCCAAAGGUUUCUGAUUUCUUCACAAGAUUAAUACAAAGGGUUGCUCCAAAGAGUUACCAGCAGGCUUCUGGUGAAGUUUAUGUUACUCGAAAAUUUCUGGAGAAUUUUGCUGGUGAUCAGGUCCGCUUCUUAGCAAGGUCUUUUGGGGUUCCUGGAAAUCAUCUCGGACAGCAAAGCCAUGGUUUUCGUUGGCCUUAUGGUCCUGUGGCAAUUGUUACUCCCUUUAAUUUUCCUCUAGAAAUUCCUGUACUUCAGUUGAUGGGUGCACUUUAUAUGGGUAACAAGCCAAUCCUCAAAGUGGAUAGCAAGGUAAGCAUUGUUAUGGAGCAAAUGAUGAGGCUGCUUCAUUACUGUGGGUUACCAAUAGAGGAUGUUGAGUUCAUCAAUUCUGAUGGGAAGACAAUGAACAAGCUACUAUUGGAGGCCAAUACACGAAUGACCCUCUUCACUGGUAGCUCAAGAGUGGCAGAAAAAUUAGCUCUAGACUUGAAGGGUCGUGUUAAGUUGGAGGAUGCAGGAUUUGACUGGAAGAUCUUAGGGCCUGAUGUUCAGGAGGAAGACUAUGUUGCAUGGGUCUGUGAUCAGGAUGCAUAUGCAUGCAGUGGUCAGAAGUGCUCUGCACAAUCGAUGCUCUUCAUACACGAGAACUGGUCUAAGACUUCACUUCUAUCCAAGAUGAAAGAUCUGGCUGAGAGAAGGAACUUAGAAGAUUUAACCAUUGGCCCUGUCCUUACAGUCACAACUGAAACAAUGCUAGAACACAAGAAUAAAUUGCUUCAGAUAUCAGGUUCAAAGCUACUCUUCGGGGGUGAACCCUUAAAGAACCAUUCCAUUCCACCCAUAUAUGGUGCCAUAGAACCUACAGCCAUUUAUGUUCCACUUGAAGAAAUACUGAAGGGAAAUAAUUUUGACCUUGUGACAAGAGAAAUUUUUGGGCCAUUUCAGGUUGUCACCGACUAUAGGAGUGAUCAACUCCCACUGGUGUUGGAUGCUGUAGAAAGGAUGCAUGCACAUUUAACAGCUGCUGUUGUUUCAAAUGAUCCACUAUUUCUACAGGAAGUUAUUGGGAACUCGGUAAACGGGACUACUUAUGCUGGACUGAGAGCAAGAACAACUGGAGCUCCACAGAAUCACUGGUUUGGACCAGCUGGAGACCCAAGGGGAGCUGGCAUUGGGACCCCAGAAGCAAUAAAGCUCGUCUGGUCAUGCCAUAGAGAAAUCAUCUAUGAUGUUGGUCCACUUCCAAAGCAGUGGGAAAUUCCACCUUCUACUUAGAGAGUCAUCAUGGACCAGAUGAGAAGAACACGGGGCCUUCCGUUCGAUGUGAACAAGCAUGUAGUUGUAGGUUCUGACACAUCUGCUGAUGCUGCACAUAGUAGCUACCGUUGACCCUUAGACAUUUCUCAGUUAUGCAAUAAAAUGAAGGGAUUUUCUUCCCAAGCCUUCUAAUUGAUUAAUUGGCCACUUUUCUUCUUUCCUUUCUAUCAUUUGAGAGAGAGAGAGAGAGA